AUGAUGCAAAAAAACAAAAUUCUGCAAGUGGAUAUUUUUGCUCGAGACGUGUUUCACAUUGAUGCUGAUUUGGAAGGUAAAUAUUGGCAGGGAAAAAAUUUGUGCGUUGUUACCGACAAAGUCAACGUAUGGGGUGAUCGGAUCAUUAAUGUUUCCGGCAGCGGUCAUGAAGCACGAAACUGGAAAGCUCAAGAUGGUGGAAUUGGAUGUGACGGUACAAAUGGUAAAGAUGGACAUCCAGGAGAAUCCAGCGGCAACAUUGCCAUCAUGACAAAAGAUAUUUCAAAUCCACAAAAACUCAAACUUCUCCUCAACGGAGGAAAUGGCGAAAAUGGGCAAAACGGAGGUGACGGUGGUGAUGGUGCUAAUGGAAAGGGAGUGACCGAGAACGAGCUUAAAGCUGCUUGUGUCAAGUACGACAGCUUGUAUCGUACAAACUGGAGCCAUUUUAGCAAUUAUGAACCAGAGAACUGGACUCGCACUUUAUCCUCUUACAAUUACAGUAAAGAAUAUUUGUACUACGAAUACAUAGAUUCAGACAAAAGAACAAUGGUCUAUUCGCUUGCAAGCUACGCUGGAUGGACAUAUUCCUGGUAUGAGCUUUUCGUUUGGAUCAAAGGUACUGACGGUACUGCUGGAGGUGUAGGUGGACGCAAUGGCUGCGGUGGAGAGGGCGGCAAUCAAGGCGAAUGCAAUGUUAUUAAUCCCGACACUGGUGUUGAAUUCACUGCUGUCAAUAUAACCCAGAAUCCAGGUCGUAACGGAACUGAUGGAACUGUUGGUGAAUGUGGAAAGUCCGGCAGUAAUGGAAAUCAUAUGGCAGUCAUCGAUCGAUCUGCAAGUGGAACAAACAAAUUUUUCUAUGGAGAAAAAUCUGCCACAAGGUUGAAAAUGGAGUAUUACGCCAAAUCAGAUACCAAACGCCGCAUCAAUGGUUAUCGAAAACACGUUGAAGGCGAAUCAUCUAUUUUCGGUGAAUUUGAAUUUCAAGAUAUUCCCCAAGGAGGAGUCAGAAAGACGAAGCAAAAGCAGAAACAAGAACGAUCUACUGAAGCUCAAACAACAAUGAAGAAAUCUAUUGUGCUUAAUAAAUUGUGGCAAAAAGCGGCUGAACAUACAGCCCAACUCGAUGGAGCAUUAGCUACGGCCAUGGUCACAGUCAAAUCUACAGCGACUGCUAACUUUGAAAUCGAGGAAAGCUUGGAAGAAGAAGAAUCGACGGAACAAGAGCAGGAAGUUGUUGUGGUCAAAGAAGUCAAUGAAGAUUCACUAGAAAUCCGAAGAACAAGGGCGAAGAAGUCUAACAUGAUGCCUGCCGAAUUCCUGAACAGCUUACUAGCAAAGAAAAGUCACGAAAGCGCGUGUGGUCUCGUACAAGAAGUGAUCACGUAUUUCUUAAUUGAACUUAGUCAUACCGACUUGAAUCGCGCAAGUAUCCCAAUGCUAUUACGAUGUUCCAGAAUACGACAAGUCAUGGAAAAUCCAUUCAAGAAAACGUUAGUUGGAGCAGUACAGAACAAGAGAGAAGGCGGUUUAACUCUUACUGAACUGGAAAAUCUCAACAAACAAGCUUCUCAAAAACGUCAGCUGAAACGUCUAAUUACAAAGCAUCGCAAUGACGUUUCAAAUUAUGCAGAUUAUUGUCAAACUGCUGAAUUCAAUACUGAUUCCAAAUUGACGCCAAAAGAUGACAAAAUAUACAAUGUAAAGUUCAUUGAACCGGCGCUUACUGCACUUUGGAACGUCAACAUUGAUCAAAAGCAAGUUGUUGCUGUUACUAAAAAAUUGUUUAAUGACUACUUGCUCAAUGAAGUCGACGGUGCGUUGUUAUUAGAGAUUCAGAAAACACGCAACAACUUGAAGACGGAAAUGGAAAAGCAUCUGAAGAAUUUCGGACAACAUCAGAUUAAUUGGGCCGACAAAGAGACUUGGGAGGCUUUCAAAACGAAUUUAACGGAAGAAAAAACUGAAAUUAAAACUAUUAUGAAAGCCAUUUCUGGACUCAAAAUUAAAUUAACCAAUUACUUUGAAGAAUACGCAAAGCUGAUUGCUGAUAAAUCUAUGCUUGAAAAAGCUAAAAGUAAAGUUCAAUCCGGAGGUAGCAACGAACUUGAAAGCAGAUUUGGCAAAGUUCCAAAGUUUCACAACGGCGUUGAAAAAAACUUGGAAGCAACACACUUUUUAAUCCGAUUCUAUCAUCAAAUGAAACGAUUGCUGGAAUUCAAUAGAAUUCUGAUGAUUGUCAAUUUAAUUUAUCAUGCGGAAACGACAAAAGCAGGCCCUGCAGUUAUAAAAUUGAUUAAGAGUUACCAAACCUUAACAUUAGACAAACUAGUACUUCGAAUUGAAAACGCUAAAAUCAAUCUAGAAUCCAAUUUAGUCGAAGAAUACAUGAGAGCAAAAGGCUUCCACAGCUCGGCUUUCCGUUACCUUGUAGCAGAAUUGAACAAAAAGAAUAUUGAAAUUUAUGGAAAUGAAGAUUACGGCAACGUCGAAUUGCUCGAAUCAUGGAAUCCAAGUGGAGAGAAACUUGUCAGAAUUGCCUUCGAUGGAAAUCAAUACUAUGAUUUAGCAGCUGAUUCCCAGCUUCGACAGUUGAUUGCAGCAAGAUCAAAUCAUUCAUGGACGAAAUAUUUUGAAGAUUAUAGACAACACUUAAAUUUCAGACCGUGGGAUUACACAACGUCAUCAAGCAAGAACGACUUUGCCAGCUAUUUUCCUUCCGGUUUUGUUGCUUCUGUUUUUGAAUGGAUCGAUUGCUACGUUGCCUCGACUAACGAUCAUAACGUCCUCAAAAUGCUUCAUGAAAGAUUUGAACUUGAUGGCAAUCAUCUGGGAAUUGCUGAUUUUCAAUUUCUCAUCUCAACAGCCAUUUUGAUACAGUCUCAAUACCACGUUUCGCCCGAUUUUCUUUUGAAUCUGGCUUCCUCGGUUCCUCAAACCAAACUCGUCGAUACUUUCUUCAUUGCAAGAAUUGAAAGUCAAUGGCGACGACAACUGAAACACGCUUUUGGAAUUUCUAAACUUCUCAAUCUGAUCUCUGUUUCUCGUCUGAAAAUACUUUUUGCAACCAAAUUGAACGGUCAAAAUAUUGAAGAAAAAAACGUUGACAAAGCUUCUCGUCAUGCUUAG